UCACGCGCUUCGACCGUUGCUCCCCAAGAUGGCGGCUUCCAUUGAGCCGCUUUGCUCAUCCUCGCAGCAGAACGACAGAUAUCGCCUUAUCUCAGUAUCAUUUGAACUCUCCCCGAGGCUGACCACAGAGAGCUGAGCGGGGCCGCGCUGCGAAACACGGAAGCCGUCCCUUCCCCUUCACCCUAUUGCGCUUUCAUGGUACGCGGAGCCGGGCUCGGUGUUGGGCUGAAGGGGGUUGUGCUAUCCGAGUAUGGCCACCGACAACAGGAUCAAUUUCUGGAGGAGAAACACUAAGGUUCCCGGAAGCGUGCAGCCAGUUUAUGGAGCACAGCAUCCACCUCUCGAUCCCCGUUUGCGACGCACGUACCCAAAAGACACAAAGCCCAAAUUCAACAACGUUAAGUCUAAAAAAGCUUGCAGCUUCCACGAGUUUGCUUGCAGCACAAAUGAUGCUUGGGACAUUGACGAUGAGGAGGAUGAAAACUUCUGCGGGACACCCUUCUCGGCUUCCUUUACGCCUUCAGGCCAGGACUUCACGUCUGUGCACAACCAGCAACUCCGGCAUCAGACGGGUGAAACCGAGCAUGUGUUGCCUCACAUACUGACUCCACCCAGGGACGAGGGUCACAACUCCCUAAGGGAUGAUGGCUCAGAGUGCGAGCGCGUCAACGGCAAAUUUGUGAAGUCUAGCAGUGACGCAGAUCUCAACACGACCUCAGUCCGCUCCUCGCUGCAGAAGCAGCAGUCUCUCCCAGUGCGUCCCAUCAUCCCUCUGGUGGCUCGUAUCUCGGAUCAGAAUGCGUCAGGGGCUCCACCCAUGACGGUGCGGGAGAAAAGCCGGCUGGAUAAAUUCAAGCAGCUGCUGGCCAGUCCCAACACCGACCUAGAAGAACUGCGGAAACACAGCUGGUCGGGAAUACCAAGAGAAGUCCGACCAAUCACGUGGAGGCUUCUCUCUGGUUACCUGCCGGCCAACAAGGAGCGCAGAGAGCUGGUCCUGAAGAGAAAGAGAGAAGAGUAUUUUGGGUUCAUAGAGCAAUACUAUCACUCCAGAACAGAUGAGCACUAUAAAGACACAUACAGACAGAUCCACAUUGACAUUCCAAGAACCAACCCGCUCAUCCCUUUGUUCCAGCAGCCUGCAGUCCAAGAGGUGUUUGAGCGGAUUCUGUUUAUCUGGGCCAUCCGUCAUCCAGCCAGCGGUUACGUCCAAGGGAUCAACGACCUCGUCACACCUUUUUUUGUCGUCUUCUUGUCCGAGUUCGUCACGGAGGAUGUGGAGAACUUUGACGUGGCGGCUCUGCCUCUGGAGACCCAAAGAAACAUCGAGGCUGACAGUUUCUGGUGCAUGAGCAAGCUGCUGGAUGGCAUACAGGACAACUACACCUUCGCCCAGCCUGGAAUCCAGAACAAGGUGAAGGCGCUGGAGGAGCUGGUCAGCCGGAUAGACGUGGAUAUUCACAAUCAUUUCAAGAAAUACGAGGUGGAGUACCUGCAGUUUGCGUUUCGAUGGAUGAACAACCUGCUGAUGAGGGAGCUGCCACUUCGUUGUACCAUUCGUCUGUGGGACACCUACCAGGCUGAAGCUGAAGGUUUCUCCCACUUCCACCUGUAUGUGUGUGCUGCCUUUCUCAUCGAGUGGCGCAAAGAAAUCCUCUGCAUGGCUGACUUUCAGAGCCUCCUGAUGCUUCUGCAGAACCUCCCAACCAUCCACUGGGGAAACGAGGAAGUGGGUCUCCUCCUGGCCGAAGCCUACAGACUCAAGUACAUGUUUGCAGACGCCCCCAACCAUUACAAGAGAUAGGCAACGAAUCAAGCGCGCCUGUGACUGCAAGCGCCUGAGCAGUAUUUUGGUGCAGCCCUGACCAGACCGACAGUGGGAUAAACUGAACUUUAUGCUGUGAAGAAGAAGUUUGCAGAGUCUCGCCAUGAUUUUUGGAUUUUCCAGCAGAGCCACGAAGCUCCGGUGAAUUUCCUGGACUACAUGCAGUAGACGACGUACUGCACUGCAUCAGCGGACUGUUACAGUAUAUCAACCACGUGUAUUUAGUUUUUCUUCCACUCGGAAAAACCUGCUGGCAUUUUAAAGGAUGGUGAAUGUUUGUGAAAUCCUCCUUUUAGUGACAUCUGCAGAUUCUAUUUUGUAUUUGUUUUUUCUAAAACAAAAGAAACACUGUAAGAACCAAGCAACUACUGUUUUACUUUCCUCAUUUUAAGCUUAUUAAGUCAGACACUGCUGAGCUGUUCUAAAUAGGAAACACAACGAAGGCCCCGUCUCCCCUCUGAUUCGUUUAGGACGACCAAAUCUGCUGGGAACAAUCAGCCUUUCAAAUCCUGGGUUUGGACUGAAUUAGCUUCCUGUUUUUACAUUCUAGAACUGUCGGAGUUUCUUUUCAUGUUUUAGUCUUUUUAGGUAAAAGCUGAAAACCCAACUCUAUUCCUGGCUGUGAAUCACUUUGAUCAACUUCUAGAGGGUUCAGCUUCCCUUUUUCUGUGUAUAAAAUGAUAUUUAAGGUAUAAUUACCUGAAAUAGUACCUUAUGUAUAUGGUAUUUAAAAUACCUUAACUAAAAGUGCAACUUUUAGUUAAAUGACCCCGACUUAGUGGUUGUGAAUUAAGCAUAACGUGUGAUGUUUUACACAAUUUUAGUUAAAACAAAACUAAAUAUGUCGACCCUUCUUAAUGCCACUGAGUUAAAACUCCUGCAGACCAAUAUGGAAUCCCUUUCGUGGCAUGGUGGAUCAUUCAGUUUUAAUCUGUAGCCAGAAAAUGCAUUCACAUAUGACAGAAAAGCUGAACAUUUUUUUUGCUUUGGAAAACACGUCUGAGUGAAAUUGUUGUAAUUAUCGGCACAUCGUCUUUUCAGUUCUAGUAGAGGGAACUCAUGGAAUCCCGAAUCAAAAACAUGGGGAGUCCUUGAACCUCCUCUGAACCUUACUAGUAUGAAAACGGGAUUCCCGUCUUGUUUCAAGGUCAUCAAAGAGCAGCUGGCAGAUCAAAGUUUCAGGAGAAAGGCUUGUUGUGCACAGCGUUUUUUAUUUUACCCAAAGUUUUCUUUUGGCUUGACAUCCAGCCUGUUAAUUUAGCUGAUCUGCCUUUUUUUAGAGAAGGCAUUUUUACUCUGCAACAAGACGCGUUAUCAUCAUCAUCCUGAUAAAAUGACUUCGUCAUUUCUAAAUCUAUGAUGUAUUGAUUUUACAAGAAAAGUACCCAGCGAUACAUUUCCUGAGGAGUUGAUCACUGCUCUCUGCUCUUCUGUCUUCCCUGUCGUACUGUCCUGCAUCAUCUCUGCUUCUUCAUCAGUGUGAAAAAAAAAUCUGAAUCGGAAGGUCAGGCUUUUUAAAUAUUGAUGAUCGGCCAGAAAACUGCAAUUGGUGCAUCCCUAAUUUCUUUUCUUGCUCAUUUUCUGUUUUCCAGGCACAUUGCUUCAAGUAAUGUCUAGUUUCUGAAUACUUUCCUUUAGUAGCCUUCCUGUUUUUGUGGACUUGGUCCAAAUUUUAGACCCAGCUAACCAACAUUUAGCCAAACUACACAUUGAUCUCACCGUCUUAACGAUGCAAUGUGUCGUUAAGGUCUUCAAAUUAUUUUUAAUAGAGACCUGUGUGUGUAUUUGUUUUAGAAAUGUUAGUCACUCAGAAUCCAGAAUUAUUUCUUCUGUUGGAUUUUUAAAAUAUAUGCUGUUGAUGGCAAAGUCAUUUAAUGGCUUCAAGGUAUAUUUUUUAAAAGCCAUAAUGUUCAGCUGUUAAAAUUAUUUAGUCCUCUGUGUUUUGCUUUAUAUUUGUUAUGUAGUAAAAUAACGGCGCAUUCUCCCAGGCCAGUGAUUCCUCAUUCAGUUCUGGUACGAUUAACUUUUCUCCACUCCAGUAAGAAUCGUUUCUACAGUCGGAAAACAGAAUUAGUGUUUGUUUAUUUUUCAUGCCUGUUGGCACUGAAGAACGUUUAGUCUUAACCUGCUGCUGAACACAGUCAGGGCAGCUGAACAUCCAUGAUGAUGCCUUUGUUUUGAACAUUUGCAACGUACUCCUGGGAGGUUUUUCUAACUUGUAUUUACGUUUUUGUUUUUUUUUCUAUUUGUUUGUUUUCCUGAUCCGAGUUUGUAUCACACGACUUGGUUGUUUUAAACAUUUGCGUUCUCACUCGUCCAUCUACCGUGUGGUAACGGCACAGCAUACAGCACGAAUGCUCUGUAUUAUGCGACUACUUGUUUUCAUCCUCAUGUGAGCCAGUCUGGAUGAAAACCACUGAUGGAGUCUGAACAUUGGACUGCAGCCCUGAAGAUUUCGCACUUUAAUUCAGUCAGUUGACGAGUUUCAGAGUUGAAGGUGCGACUGGGGGCGCUUCGGUACUUAAACCUCAUUUCCCUCCCAAGACGACCUGGCCCCGUCUUACACCACUUAUGGUACAGUUAGUGUUUAAUAUCGAGUCUCAUCAUCUCCAUGGAGUACUCUGAAUGUUUUGUGAGCGUUGCAGUUUACCUGUAGCCUUAAACCCACAUUCAUUCCUUCAUUCAGGCGAGUCCGCUGAUUGUCGCUACCACGACGGUGCUGUUCGACCCACGCCGACGUACUUAAAUGUCAUUUGCUUUCAAAACGUGAUGUGAAGAACUAAAUGUUAGUUAGGGGUGAUGAAGCGUUGAUGUGGAUUCAACAUAUGAAGCCAAGUACGUUGUGGGCCAACGCAAAAUGUUUUUGAAGUGCUUCGGUUGUCAGAACUGGCUUUAGCCUUAAAUGAAUAAAUCAUUACAGUUCCUGCUGUAUGCUCAUUCUUUUUGUUUAUAUUAAACUAAUUGCUAUUAUUCA